AUGCACGACCAGCAGAUCAUCACCGGAUCUGUCAGUACCCAUCAUAUCCCCUCCCUGGGAUACCCACUCCGGCCAGCUCAUCCGCACCUUCGACGGCCAUCUCCGCGGGCUUGCCUGCCUCAAACUAGUCGAGCAUCACCGCCAAAUCAUCACCGGAUCCAACAACAAGACCAUCAAGAUCUAGAACCUGCUCACCGGUCAGUGUAUGAGCACCCUCCUCGGGCACUCCGGGGUCGUCCGCCCCCUCGACUUCUCCUUCCGCCACAACCGGCUCGUCUCAGGCUCGCCUGGGAUUUUGUAGACCUGUCCAAGUUCAAUCAUGCAAUGGGCUGGUAUCUUAACCCACCGCCUUCCCGGCCAAAGUGCUCACCUCCACAAGUGGAGUGGUGUAUUGAUUGA